GUAUUUGCGUGCUUUUGUGUAGUGUCUUUGACUUUUAAUUCUUCCAAUUUCCUUAGGGACUUAUCAAGUGUCUCUCUAAUUGAUCCUUCCUGUUUAUAAAUGAUUUAAGCUUAGUCAGACACUUGUCUUUUUGGCGGGCAAAACGACGAAGCUGCUCACUUGUCAUAGGUCUGCAAAGUUUAAAUAACAAUCUGGCCGACAUGAAAGCAAUGGAAAGCUUUCAAAACGCCUUUGGGAAAAUUUAGGCUCCAAUAGUAACUUUUAUUGUCUGUGGAGAAGAUUGAACGAUGUCGUACAAUGCGAUGUAAUCUCGAGCCUGCACAAUGAAUUAUUUAGAGGGAAGAGUCACAAGGAGCUUGGAGCGGCAGAGAAGCAGAACUACGUUCUCCCAAGAAUCAACUGCAGUUGUGAAGAGUGGAUAUUUGUGGAAGAUUUCUCAUCACCCAGGGAGAACUUCAUCUCGAAGCAGAUACUUUGUCCUAACCAAGAGCUCCCUGGAUCAUUUCAGAAACCAUAACAGGGAAAAACUCAAGGGAAGUCUUCCAUUGGCUGCCAUAGAUGCUGUGGAGAAGCUGCGAGAAAUUAACAACUCCUUAAAGAUCACUGGCCCCUUUAAACAUCCACUGAUUUUACAAGCGUCUGGAAUAAAAGAAUGUCAAGAAUGGAUAGAGGCCAUUGAGAAUGGAAUUCAGCAGUGGUGUUUAGAUUCUGAUGCAAACUCAUCUUUGCAUAAGGAAGAUGAAAUAGAUAGCUUACAAUGUUCUUUGAAUGCUGCACCAAAGAUGAAGAUGCUCUAUCCUUCUUUGUUUUGCCCUGUUGGUGAUGGAGUUUUGAUUUCAGCCGCCAGUGAGCUUCAUCAGGAGUUUCCAAUGAUAAAGUAUGCACGUAUUGGGAGGUCAAUUCCACAUGAAAGAGUAUUUAAGCUUGACAAAGACAACUUGCAUAUCAUGUGGAAGAAAAGGGGAAAAGGUCAUAGCUUUUCUUUUACCAACACUUUGUGUUUAGACAGGGUUAUUGAGGUACGCUGUGGUCAACAAACCAAAAACUUUGUCAAGUUUCCUUACAAUGAAGUUGAGGAGCAGUCUUUCUCACUCAUGUUUGAGAAACAACAAGGGGAAUGGAGUCAGUUAUGUUCCUUGGAUCUUAUUUGUGACUCAGAAAAAGCUUAUGAGAAGUGGACAAGUGCAAUGAGAGAGGUUAUUUACAGCAGAGAUCAAAGAGUAAACAGGCACAAAUUUGAUGGUGUAGAUCCAAUUGUCCUCUGGUUAAAAAGGCACUGGUCAGUAAUGUCAUCACGACACAGCAAGGGAAUUUCCGUGGACCAAGCUUUGUCUUUUGCUCAACAAUGCAGUGGAGCUAAACGGAAACUGAUGAGAAAUUACGUUAAGGAUGUACUUGAGGCUCAGUGUGGAAUGGCUCAGCAUAAUGAGAAUCUGCUGUGGAACUCCUUUGUAAUGCUGUUCAACUCUCUAAAUAAACAACCAAAGUUGUACGAGAUGUUUUGUAAGUAUGCAAAGGAAUACCCUGACCUUGGUAUGACACCAGCUGAGUUUGCAGAAUUUCUUAACAGAGAGCAAGAGGAAACACUCAGUCUAGCUGCUUGUGCGAGGCUGAUGUCAGCUCAUGACAAAUUUCACAUGAUAUUCAAGCAGAGAUGUGCAGGAGACAAUCCAGAUUUCUUCAGAUUGAGUAAAUCUCUUCUGUCAUAUCAUGGAUUUUUAAGUUAUCUCAGAAGUGAAGACAACUCUGCUGUCAAUCCAGAAGAGAAAACUGUCCACCAAGACAUGGAUCAGCCUCUGUCUGAUUAUUUUAUCAACUCAUCUCACAACACCUAUCUCACUGGACGACAACUGAAAGGCAAAUCCAGUCUUGAGGCUUAUGUAAGAGCUCUAUUACAGGGCUGUCGCUGUCUUGAACUUGACUGUUGGGAUGGCCCAGACGAGCCUGUGAUAACACAUGGACUUACACUCACAUCUAAAGUCAGGUUCAGAGAUGUGGUGCAAGUUAUUAAGGAGUAUGCCUUUGAGACAACAGAUUUUCCUUUGAUUUUGUCCCUAGAGAAUCACUGCUGUGAGCAACAACAAGCGAUCAUGGCUGACAUUUUUGUCUCUGAGCUUGGUGAUAUGCUGGCAACAAAUAACCUCUGUGAUGAGAUGAGUAUCAAUACUCUUCCUUCACCAAAUCAGCUCAAGAGAAAAAUUCUGUUGAAAGGCAAGAUUAAAGUCAAGAAAAAGCACAAGAUAUCAACUGCCAUUACUCCUAUAAUCUCGGGUCUUACUCCAAGGGUAAAGAAGACCAGCAGAGUGCUAGUUUCAAGUCAGUCUGAAGCAAUGUUGGCAAGAACACCUUCAUCACAGUCACUCGGUACUAGAUUGAGAUCUUCAACAACAACCACAUUGACAGAUGACAAGAGCUCAACAAGUGAAGAGCAGUAUCACAUAGUCCCAUUAGAAGAUGCCAUGGGAAAACUGAUUGUGUAUAUGCGUGCAGUUCCUUACAAGAGGAGUGAAGUCUCUGGUGACUGCUGUGAGAUGUACUCAUUUAAUGAUGGAGCAGCACAAGAUGCCAUUACAGGGCAUCCAAGAGAUAUUUUGUAUUUGGCUAACAAGCACAUUGUCAGGACAUAUCCCAAAGGUUCAAGAGUGGACUCAUCAAACUAUAAUCCCCAGACCAUGUGGAAUGCUGGUAUUCAAAUGGUGGCAAUUAAUUUUCAAAAACCAGAUUUUAGCAUGCACCUAAACCAAGGAAAGUUCAGGAAGAAUGGAGGAUGUGGUUAUAUUUUAAAACCUGAUUCUUUGAGAAACAGAGAGAAGUCAAAUUAUCACCCAAUGAUUAAGGAAAGUCCCAAGAAUGGAAAAUCAUGUUACUUCACCAUUGAGGUGUUAUCAGGGCAAUAUUUGCACUUGGAUCAGGACUCUUAUCUUCCAAUUCGUGUUGAUAUUGAGAUAGUUGGUGUCCCACAGGAUUGUGCAUCGCUUAGCACAGAGCCAACUAUGGACAAGCUGAAUCCCCAGUUUGAAAAUGCCAAGCGUCUCUUUAAAAUAAUCAUGCCGGAAUUGUGUCUGGUUUACUUCAAAGUCCAUCUGCUGAACAGAAACAAAAGCAGAAUUAUUUUUCAAAAUGUACUUUCUUUGGACAGUCUUAGACCAGGACUUCACUACAUCCGACUGCGAAGUCCAACAGGUGUUGAGAUUCCCCACAGUGGUCUGUUUGUCCGUAUAAAGCUUCAAGAAUUUGAGCCAUCCUCUUGUAUUGUAAAGGGAACCUCACGAGAGAGACUCCUUACAUUUUAGAUUUACCUCAAAUCUGUUAAUUCUUUCACUCCCCAGAUCUCUUGGAUAAUUCUCCUUACUGUCUGCCAAACAAUUCUUAUGAUCUUAGUUCGGAGAAUUUGGUAUUGUAUCAAUUAUUGAUCUCCUUAUUGAUGUUAUUCUCUAUUCUCGUUAUUUGUUUGCUUGACAUUGUAUUGAUAUUGUAAGGAGAAAUUCUAUCUUGGUCACUGAUGGGAGUUAAGGGAUUAACGUAUACUGCUAUGUCAAAUUUUGCUAUUUAGUUUCGUUUUUAUUGUAAUCUAUAUUAGAUACCGUUCUGAUCUGGACUGAUAAUUCUAGAAGAAAGAUAUUUAUUUAUUUUUAAUUUUUCAAUUUCUCAUGGGGAAUCGUUUGGAAAAUGAACUAAAUGAAAGGAUAAUGUCAGAUCAAACUUAGGUUCUUUUUUUGAGUUUGUGCGUCGGAGGAAGUUUUGUUUUUGCUUGUUUCUUUUAUUAUGUUGUGUUUCUUGGCAUGUUUGUUUUGCUAGAGUUUUUUUACUCUGUAAAGCGCCCGACCACUCUGUAUUCCUUAUUCAUGCCACUUGACAGUUCUUAUCGUAGAGCGCGCGAUGUUCUCAAAAGAUUGACCUCGUUUAUUAUCGAAAGUUAAGAUUAAAUGUUCAACUAAACGAGAUUUCUUUGCUAAAUAGAAUUUUUCCCUAGGUACUCGUCAGCCGAAAGUGAGCAAUGUGACAACCACACGAGUAAGGUCUUUUGUGACUGUAAAAUCCUUGAACAUAGUGAUUUUAAAGUGAGUGUCGUAAACCACUACCAAAGUUAUCACAACAACCAAUCAGAACAAAGAAAUAAGCAAAAGGAGUCAAUCAAAUUUCAAAGUUUAACUAGCAAACUGCCAGAAGCGCGGGAAAACGCGGGUAACCAAAACCUGGGCAAUCAAAGAUGCGAAUCUCAGGUUCGCCGUUUAAUUGAAAAUUACUUUUAAUUACUUUUAGUCAAGAAACAGCAAAAAUUUAGAUUUAGCCUAAUUCUAGCCAGUUCACAAAAUGGGAUAAACCAUCCUCAAUGUACUGAAAUUAAAAUUGGAGCUGUAUCAUGGUAGAGAAAUAGUAUGAACACUAUUGAUGAUUGUUGAACAUGACACAAUAGCUAGAUCAUGCUUUUACAGGGAGGGAAAUAAGAUAUUUAAUUGUCUAAAUUAACUUGAUCGAGAACACAGUAAUUACUUGUACAUAUUAUUUUAUUUAGUUUUCACGUAUUUAUUGGCGUUUUCAUUCAUCUACGAUUUUAAUGUACUAUUGAAUCAUACUUCUCAAAGUCUUGAGAAAAUAAUAUUUUGGAACGCGAAUCUUAUUUUUUAUGAUAGGAUGUGAAGAUUGUACAAAUGACUCUGUUUUAAACAAUCAGAAUUACACUUAUAUUUUGUAAUAUAUUAUGUUGUAGAAAUAAAACGUCUUUCACCUUUGA